AUGUUUAAACAAAGAGGAACGGGUUUGUUGGUCCUAUGUGCUCUCCUAAUCCUCUGUAUAUGCUUUGGUGAAGCCGCUCCUCAGCGUAAACAAGGCAAACAAGGUGGUAAUCAAGGCGGUAAUCGUGGCGGUAAUAGCAGCGGCAAAGCAAAACAAACACCACAACAAAAGGCGGCCCAAAAACCAGGAGGCAUUUCCAAGGCCCAAGAUGGCUCCGUCAUUCUCGACACAACCGUCAAAAUUAAAUACAAAGUCAGCGCUCCUGCCGAUCAAUUCAAAACAGGCUCUGGCGUGAAGGGUGGCAAUGCUGCGGAUGCUGCGGAUGCUGCAGGCACGAUUGGCAUGAAUGUAUUGCUUCAUGGUGAUGGAGGCGAUUCGUUUUUCGACUUCCCUAACCAGGGCGUCAAUGCCAAUCUGAUGGGCGUUGCAGUCCUGGCUCCCGACAUAAACCUCAAAUGGGGUGGUGCUGACAGGGGAAACCAGCAGAGGCCCGAUGGCGUCGCUCAUUCCCAAGCUGUUGCCGAUCUUAUCACUCAAGAGCUUCCCAAAGUUGUCUCCUUCAAUCAAUCAAAUGUCUGGUUCACCGGCGUUAGUGGUGGCUCUCUCACGCUCUCCGGCUUCUUUAUACCCGCCCAUAUGGGCCAAUUCCCAAAUACGGGAGUUCUACUGAACUGCGGCGGUUUGCCUCCUCAAGUACCGUUCACUCGCGAAGCGAGAGCUGCUAUUCCUAAUACUCGAAUUCACACCCAGUCAUCUCAGAGGGAACUCUCAUCUCUACAAAGAAGCAUUCCUCAGACGGUUCAGGCGUAUGAAGACGAGGCUAGGAAGGCAGGCUUAGAUACCCAGCAGAUCGACGCACUUCAGACGGUGGAUAACUCUCCAGGUGGAGGCCAUUGUGACUUUAACGGGAAAGGUUUUACUAGUGGUGUAAGAUCUGUCGUCUCUAACUUUGAAAAAAUCAUGCUUCCCGAAGGUAAUGGCAAGGUUAAUGGAGUCGACGUGAAAACAGGGGUGGUAGGCAACGAAAAGCUGCGAUUUACCGGCAGUGAUCGGUAG